CACACACAUCAUGAUCACCGCACCUAAAAAACCAGGAAGCGGCGGCGCGCGCUCGCAGAGCGAUGACUGAGGGAGGAAACCGGUGAUCCUGCGAGCGAGCGCACGAGGUUCGUCCACGUCCACGGCGCGUGUCCGCGAACAUCAUGGGACAGCAUCUCGGCAAGCGUGAGCCUCUCGUGGAGGAGAAGGGCUCAUCUUCCGAAGCCAAAACAAACCAGGCGACAGGAGGAUCAGGGCCGGCGGACGACAAUGAAGUGUUUGAUGCGUUCGCGAACAAUGGCAGCUCCUGCAAGGGGACGGCGGCGACUGACUCCUCGCGCGCGGGGGACACCCGGCACGGCGCCAGCGCAGCUGACCCCGGCGGCCCCCGCCCCCACCUGGUCCGCCUCUUUUCCCGGGAUGCCCCGGGUCGGCAGGACAACACCUUCAAAGAUCGGCCCUCGGAGUCGGACGAGCUGCACACCAUCCAGGAGCAGGGCGGCGCGGAGCACGCGGAGCAGGACGCAGACUAGAGCCCCCCUCGGCUUC